AAUAAGAGAUUUUUGUAAAAAAUAUAUAUAAUUAAUAAGAGAAUUGCAAUGGUAUAAUCUUUAUGCUGUAUGUUCUUUCUUAAUAUAUGUACAUAUAUUGGCAUAUAUAUGGAUAUUUUUAUAUCUGUUAAAAUUUGUGUGUGCUAUAUUGUAGAAAGAAUGGGUUUCUUUCCAACAUUAUGAUUUAUAACGCGUUAUAGUACCUUUGUAUCUUGUACAACCGAAACGAAGACAACUGCGUGAUGUCAUAAAUAUUAACAAGUUUCGUAAUUACGAGUCAUGUGGGAGUAAAUGUGGAAUCGAGAAUGUAUUAGCAUUAUCGCCAUUUGGGUUAAUAUCAAUCCCGCAAUUGCGAUCAUCAAAUCUAGUGUCUAUUCAAAAGUACGCACAUCGUUGUAAAUAUGUUUGUGAAAAUCUAUCUCCUUAUUUCCAUGAUAGGCACAAGUGUCGGUGUAUAUACGAUAAUCAGCAGUAAGGCUAACAAUGUUACAUUCAAGUAUAUGAAGGGACAGGUUGAAGGGGAGAGCGAUUUACAUCACUGUAAGCCUUAUGAGGUAUGCAACGUAGUUCACGACCGAUUUUGGAUGUCCAGCUUGACAGAAAGACUUUGCCAUUGUCCUGAUGGAAGAGAAUGUCCGUGGCAAUGGACGAAAACCAUUGAUAAUUCAACUAUAUUACUCAAUAACAAAUCAAUUUUAAGGUUUUGUACGCAAAUAAUGGAAUUAGAGAUUUGCGCACAUAGACAAGAAGCAGUGAUGGUAUAUGGAGAAAGUGAUAUAAGUAACAACUAUAUAAUACCAUACAAUGUAACAAUAAAUUGCAUAUGUCCGCAAACACAUUAUUGGAAGCUACAAAAAUAUACAUAUGAAGAGCAUGGCCUCAUUCAAAUAUUCAAGUGUGUUAAGAAAAGAAUGUGUGAGACUUUGGAGUUUUGUGGCUACAUACGAGCUGAUCUAUAUUCAACGUAUUACAGAUGCACAUGUCCAGAAAAGCAUUUAUGUAUUUUCAAGGAUAGGACACAAGUAAAUAUACAGGAAUUGCUCUACUCUGGGCCAGCUUAUAUGGCUUACUGUCACCGUUUGUAAAGAUACAAAAGUAUUACGCUAUGAUUCAAUGAAUCCGAGAGAAAUUGUUAAAAAUGUAAUUAGAUAUAAUGUAUAUAAUUAUAUUAUAUAUGCACACGAAAUAUACAUGUUUUAGAAGCUUGCUAUUAAAAAUGUAAUGUCAAGUUACAUA